AUGCCCUUGCGCCGCCGUGCCGGCAGCGCCAUCGCCGCCGCGCCAGGCGGCUUCCUCCACCUCUCCCUGCUCGCCUCCCUCCGCCGACGCCCCUCGCUCCAGGCGCACGCACAGCUCCUGCUCCUGGACCUCCCGCUGCCCCCCGCCGCGGCCUCCCUCCUCCUCCGCCCGCACCUCCGCGCCGGCCACCCGCUCGCCUCGCUCCGCCUCUUCCUCCGCAUGCUCCGCGACAACCAGCCCGCCGCGACCUGCGCCACCGCUUCCCAGGAGAAGGAGGGGGCCGUCCCCGACUCCCGCUCCCUCUCCGCGGCUCUCGCGGCCUGCUCCCGCCUCGAGUCCCCUUCCGCCGGCUUCUGCACCCACGCCUUCGUCCUCAAGUCGGGAUUCGCCUCCGACGUCUUCGUCGCGAACUCGCUCCUCCAUGUCUAUGCCUCGUUCGGUCUCCACGCCCUCGCGUGCAAGCUGUUCGACGAAAUGCCGGCGAGGGACACCGUGUCGUUCAACACGCUGAUCGGUUCUUACGUGCAGUCGGGAUGCGUUGAACGCGCGUUGGGGGUGUUCAGGAACAUGGUGGAGGGAGGGUUCCGGCUGGACGAGUGGACCAUCACGGCGUUGCUGGGCGCCUGUGCUGGGCUAGGUGAUUUGAUGGUGGCCAAAGCUGCGCAUGGGUUUGGCAGCAGGGCAUUGAGGCAUACAUUGUUCGACUCUGCAGAGGUGGUAAUUGGGUUAGUGGACAUGUAUGUUAAGUGUGGCGCAGUGCAGCUCGCCAGGAAGGUGUUUAAUUUGUCUGGGGAGAAGGCGAAGGACGCAAGGGUUUGGAGUGUGAUGGUGUCAGGGUAUGCAAGGGCUGGUGAUAUCGACAUGGCUCGGAAGUUGUUUGAUGAGUUGCCCAAUAAGGAUUUGGUUGCAUGGACAGUUUUGAUCGGUGGAUAUGUGCAGGCAGGUAGAUACAAGGAGGCACUUCUGUUGUUUGAGGAGAUGGAAGCGACAGGACUUGAGGCUGAUGAGGUGAUGGUCGUCACCGUGCUUUCAGCUUGUGUCCAGCAUGGUGCUAUUGGUCUAGCAAAGAGGCUCCAUCGUCGUGUGAACCAGAAUGGAUUGGUUAGCCGAAAUGCGAGAGUUGCCACCAGCUUCGUGCACAUAUAUGCAAAGCAUGGGUGCAUACAGACAGCUGUGGAUGUGUUUCGUGGAGUCGCUGAUGAAUUCAAGACUGUGGAGUUGUUUAAUGCUAUGAUACAUGGACUCGCUCACCAUGGUCAUGGUGAGAAAGCUAUCUCACUUUUUGAUGAAAUGGAAACCCUGGGGCUCCAACCUGAUGACAUCACAUUUGUGGGAGUCCUGUGCGCAUGCAGUCGCAGUAACUUGGUUGAACAAGGGUGUAAGAUGUUCUCGUCAAUGUCGGACAAGUACGGUGUCAAACCAAAUGUCAAGCAUCACACUUGCAUGGCUGAUCUCCUUGGAAGAGCUGGACGGAUCGACGACGCUUACAGCUUUAUCCAGAAUAUGCCUUUCCAAGCAAAUCUUGUGGUAUGGUCAUCUCUUCUGACAGCAUGCAAGAUCCAUGGAAAUAACAAGAUUAAGAAUCUUGUAGAGAGGCAAAUUCUCAGGUUAGAUGCUACAUACAAGCCUGAAAAGCUAACCUUAUCUGGCUUAUUUUCUGAUAAGAAGAGGAAAGAGCUAUCUGCGAGGGUGAGAAAUGCUAUAAGGCACAAAUCUGAGCACAGGCGUACACAGUAG